AUGGAUAUAGGAUUAAUAACAAAUAAAGAAGAUGACGAAGAAAAUGAUCUUUCAAUUAAAUCACCAUACUCAACAACAAAAAACCAAAAUAAUAACAAAACCAAAGAUGAGAUAAUAAAAAAAGAUUUUAUUAGUAAUAUUAAUUAUAGUAAUAAUAAUAUUUAUAGUAAUAUUUAUAAUAAUAUUUUUAAUAAUAUAUUUAAUAAAUUUAAUACCAAUAAUAAUAAUAAUAAUACUACUAAUAAUAAUCCAAAUAAUAAUAAUAAUAAUAAUAAUAAUAAUCCAAAUUAUAAUAAUAAUAAUCCAAAUUAUAAUAAUAACGAUAAUAAUCCAAAUAAUAAUAAUAAUAAUAAUAAUAAUAAUAAUAAUAAUAAUAAUAAUAAUAAUAAUAAUAAAAAUUAUAUUAAUAAUAAAAAUUAUAUUAAUAAUAAUAAUAUAAAUUAUAUUAAUAAUAAUAAUAAUAAUAAUAAUAAUAAUAAUAAUAAUAAUAAUAAUAAUAAUAAUAAUAAUAAUAAUAAUAAUAAUAAUAAUAAUAAUAAUAAUAAUACCAGUAAUAAUACCAGUUUUAAUAAACAAAAUAAUUAUAAUAAUAAUAAUUAUAAUUCCAAUAGUAGUAGUAGAAGUAAUAAUAGUAAUAAUAAUAAUAAUAAUAAUAAUAAUGAUGAUAAUAUUUAUAAUAAUGGUAAAAAUUAUAUUCCAAAUAAUGGCAUCAUAAAUAAUCAUAGCAAUAAUGAUAUAAAUAAUUCCUAUAAUAAUAAUAAUAAUAUACAGAAUUAUUACUAUAAAAAAAAUAAUAAUGAAAAUAAAAAGAAGAAUAAUGAUAAUGAAAAUAAUAAUUAUCCCAACUUUAAUAAUAAUAAUAAUUAUAAUAAUUAUAAUAAUAAUGAUAAUAUAAUAAACAAUAAUAAUAAUAAUAAUAAUAAUAAUAUUAAUAAUAAUAUUAAUAAUAAUAUUAAUAAUAUUAAUAAUAUUAAUAAUAAUAAUAAUAAAAUAAUCCGACAACAUCCUUACAUUAAUAAUGAAAAUCAACAAAAACACCAAAAGAAAAUUCAACACCAAGAAAAUUCUAAUUUUGAACAACUUGAAAAACCUGAACAACUUUCACAUAAUAGUGAAAGUAGUAAAACAACAAUUUUAAACGAAAAUAACAGUUAUUUAAAAAAUGAUAAAAUAAUGUUAUCUCCUACUCAACAACAACAACAACAACAACAACAACAACAACAACAACAACAACAACAAUAUUUAAUUUCAAGUAGUAAAUAUGGUUACAAUAAUCAAAAUAAUAAUAAUAAUAAUGGAAAUAGUAACCAAGAAUCUAUUUUAGAGAAAAAAAAGAAAAUUAGGAAAACAAGAUAUUUUGAAAAUGAAUAUCAAAAACUACAUGAAAGUAAUAUUAAAAAUAUAAAUAAUAAUAAUAGCAAUAAUAAUAAUAAUAAUAAUAAUAAUAAUAAUAAUAAUAAUAAUAAUAAUAUUUAUAAUGAAGAAGAAUUAUCAUUAAAUACAUCAUCACCAAUACAGAGUCAAUCCCAAUAUCAAGUAAUUUAUCCACAUCAACAAUGUCCAUCAUCACCAACAUCAUCUUCAACAUCAACAUCAUCAACCACAUCAUCAUCAUCAUCAUCAUCAUCAUCAUCAUCAUCAUCAUCGUCAUCAUCAACAUCAUCAACAUCAACAAUAACAACAACAACAACAAUAACAACACAAAGUACAUUUCAAAAUCAAAUUCAAUUACCACAACCAUCACCAUAUAAUCAAUUUACAGCAACAUUUAUAAAUAGUUCAAAUGGAUUCAUUAAAAAGAAAGAAAAAGAUGCAAAAAAACAAAUUAAAGUGGUUACAACUUUACUAAUUCAACAUUUAAUUUCAAAUAAUGUAACUAAAUUUAAUGUACGUUUAAUUGAAAGUUUAUUAAAUGUUGAUUUCUUUAAAUUAAAAGAAAUAUUAGAUAUUAUGGAAUGUUCAAAAUUGGUUAGAAAUGAUAAAUGUAAUAAUUAUGUUUGGUUAGGUUUAGAUAAUCCUGAAUUUCUAAAUUUCGCUUUAUCAACUUUUCACUCAAAAAUUAAUUUCAUUACUAAAAAUUCUGAAUUUUUCUGUGACAAUUGUAAAUUAAAUUCUGAAAAUGGUGUAAUAUUAAAUUCUCCUAUUUUACAAUUUUCAAAUGUAUCUCCAACUUUAUUAUCACCAUCAUCAUCAACAUCAUCAGAAACAACAACAUCAACAUCUACAACUACCAAUAAUACUAGUACAACAACAAUUUCACCAUCAUCAAAUGUUAGUGUAAAUAAUUCAUAUAGUCUUGUAAAUAUGAGUGAUCUUUAUAAUGGUGGUAGUGGUGGUGGUAGUAGUGGUGGUGGUGGUAGUGGUGGUGGUGUUAAUAAUAAUAACAAUGUACAGAAUAAUAUUAAUAGUGGAAGAAAAUUUAGAUAUAAAGAAACAGAAUUAUCAACAACUGUUUCACAAUUUUUGAAAUUACUUUUAUCUGAUAAAUGUUUAACAAUACAUGAUGUUUGUUUUAAUUUUAAUCCAAAUAUUGAAAAAACUCAUGAUAAUUAUAUAUCAUUAAGAAAUAGUGCAAAAAUUAAAAGAUGUUAUGAUAUUGCAAAUGUUUUUGAAGCAAUUAAUUUAGUUCAAAAGUCAAAAUCUGUUGAAGAAACUAGAACUCAAAAUUAUAAAUGGAUUGGAACAACUGUUUUAACGAAUGAAUAUUGUCAAAAUAAUUGUCCAUAUAUUUUACAAGAAAAUUAUAUACAACAGCAACAACAAUUACAAUUACAACAACAACAAAAUCAACCAAAACCACCUCGAUAG